AUGCUUCCAGAGCCAGUAUUUGCCAACGUGGCCCUAGUAAUCCCUGAAAAAGAGCUUCAACGCCAGAUCAAGGCCGCCCUGGACCAGGAUGAAUCUUUGGAGGAAAUACUACAAUUCCUCCAAAAUGAGUCCAAGGCACCCCCCUCCAUCAAACGCGCAUUCAAGGAUUACCAGAUGGAGGCAGGCCUACUAUUCUACCAGGGACGAAUUGUGGUCCCUGACGUCGGAACUCUGAGAACGGACCUACUUUGCAUCUUCCAUGACAGCCCCUUGGCAGGACAUCCAGGAAGACAGCGUACCUUGGAAUUGGUAUCAAGGAACUAUUACUGGCCCAGCAUACGCGCUGACACAUACUGGCACGUUGAUUCCUGCGAAACUUGUCAACGGAUCCGGAAGCCCAAGUACGCAACCAUACCGCCCCAACCAUUAGAGCUCCCCUCACGCCCAUGGCAACAUGUGUCGUACGAUAUGAUAGUAGACCUACCAAAGGACGGAAGCAAUGACUCUAUCUUAGUUAUUGUGGACAGCUUCACUAAGUACGUUAUCCUGGUAGAAUGCUCCAAGAAGCUCAAAGCCCCGGAACUAGCGGACCUAUUCCUACAACACGUAUGGAAACGUUACGGCAUGCCUGAAAAAACGGUAUCGGACCAAGGACGGGUUUUUAACAAUAGAUUCUUGAAGGCCUUGUACCAACGCCUGGGGAUAGACCCCCACUUCUCCUCAGCCUACCACCCUCAGAGCAACGGGCAGACGGAACGCGUGAACCCAACGGUCAAACAUUUCCUGAGGGCCUACUUGGGGAUAAACCAGAAGGACUGGGUCAAGUGGUUGCCAAUGGCGGAGUUUGCCUAUAACAAUGCGGUACAUAGUGCAACAGGCAAAUCCCCAUUCAGGGCACUCUACGGAUGGGAACCCUCCUUAACCCCAAGUAACCUACCAACGGACGUCCCUGAGGCAGACGAAUUGGCAACACAGAUGGAAGCACAAUGGCGGGAAAUAGAAUCCGCGCUCCGACAAUCAAAACUACGUAUGACAGCCGGAGAAACGGGAGAACCACUUGAGUUUGAAAUUGGAGAAGAGGCCUGGCUAGACGCCAAAAACGUGAGGCUGAAGACCCUGAGUCCCAAGCUAACGGAACAACGCCUGGGCCCCUUCAAAGUGACCGAGAAAAUCUCCGAUUGCGCAUACCGCCUAGAACUCCCACCAUCCAUGAGAAUCCACAAUGUCUUCUACGUGGGGCUCCUGUCAAAAGUCAAAAGGGAUAAAAAGCGCAACUUUGAGAACCGGCCCCCACCUGUUACCGUGGAUGGAGAAGAAGAAUACAAGGUUGAAGGGAUCACAGACAUGGAAGAAAGGAACGGGAAGUGGUUUUUUAGGGUAAAAUGGAAAGGCUACGGAUCAGAAGAGAAUACCUGGGAACCAAGGGAAAACCUCAAAAACGCCGAAAAAAUCCUAGAAAAAUUUGAAAAAGAAAUGAAAAAGAAGGCCCUCGGCGCCGCCAAGGCCCUUAGAGGGGGGGCAGUGUCGUAG